CGUCCAGUCAUUUUUUCAACGAAAUCUUCCAAAAAUUUCAAGCACAACGAAUAGUAUAGCUUAAACCAACGCUUACAACUUCUUGAAUAAGUAAAAGGAUCUUAUAAACUAUGUCAAGGAAUUACAUGCUUUAUUAAAAUGGAUUUAUAGGUAAAGGAAAUGAAAUAAGAGGAAUAAUCAUAAUGGCAAUGGCAAUGAGAAAAAGGAGCGGAUCAGGCUCCAAGAGACAACAUAAAGGAAAACUUGUACCAAUUUAUGAAAGUUUUUUUAAGGGAGAAGACUUGACACUAGCUCAUCCAAAUUUUUGGAAUGAACUGUUUUUAAUUAAACCCAUGGUUCCACAUAUCGAAAGUGAGAUUUUGCACAUGACAGGGGAACAAUUAAAUGCAAGUAGAGAAAAUUUGAAUGCCUUGGUCUGCCAUUGCGUGGAUACACUGGUCGACGAACAUCCGUUCAGGGUUGUAUAUGCUUUACAAACUUUAGCAGCUGUUAUUCAAUCUAUGUAUAAGAAGGCUAGUCAAGGUGACUGCGGAUUUAACUUGAUAGACAUUUUAGUCGGAUUCGAUUCGGCAGAACAAAGAAUGACAACAUUGAUGCAGCACUGCAAUAAUUUUUUAACAGGUGAAUACCCUGAUAGCUUAAAAGCUUUGUGCUUGAAAUUGUUGUUAAUUAUAGUAACUGGCAUGGACAAUGUUAGUCAAAACACUUUGUUGGAAUAUGUUAUGCUUAAUAGUGUUUUUGAAUCUCUGGUUCAAGUAGGUGUUAAAUUGUUGCUGAGAGACACAGCAGCUAGAAAUCGUCACGGCCAUGACGCAGUCUUACUAUUAACACUCCUGGUCAAUUACAGAAAGCAUGAAAGAGCAAAUCCUUAUAUCGUUAAAUUAUCAAUCUUGGACGAUGAACUAGCUCUGAACGGAUAUGGUCAAGUAAUAUCUAGUUCGUUGACAGAUUUCUGCAGACAAUUCGCUCAACAAAGAGCAGAAAUACAGGCAUCCUGGCUAUCCUCUUUGACCAGUAUAGUAGGAAGCAUGUUUGUCGGAGAAGAGGAAGCGAAAACGCAACAAGUUCGUGCCAACAAUGCAUUGUUAUUAGCACUUUACGAAGCGACACACUUGAAUCGUAAUUUUGUAACGACUUUAGCGUAUACGCAAAGCGAUACUAGUGCACCACCCUCUCCGAAUAAUACAUUAGGACCUAACGCGGUAGCUCCAGGAGCACAAGUACCCGAUGUAAUGGCUCAGCCAUUCAAUUUAUUGGCUACUUUCUUACAGUAUUGUUCGAUAGUUAUGCAAGUGAUCAGAACAGAAGCAAUAAUGAAUAACGUUAAAUUGUGCUUCCUUAUAUUGAGCUGCAUCGCAGAGGAUCAGUACGCGAAUAGUUUGAUGCACGACGCAAAUUUGGCUUUCAGAGUACAACUUCAUCGUGUACCAAUGCAUCAUAGGAAGAUACAAGACAAAGUAGCACCUGCGCAACCACUGGCUGCUACGUUACUCGAUUUACUCGUCGAGUUCAUUACGUCGCACAUGAUGAAGAAAUUUCCGCUUGAACUGUAUCAUCAAUGCAUUGGGGUUUUACAAAGGUUGCUUUGUUACCAAAAGAGAUGCAGAGUUAGGCUUGGUUAUCAGUGGAGGGAUCUUUGGACAGCGUUGAUUAAUUUACUUAAGUUUUUAACGACGCACGAAGGCCAUCUUAUUAAAAAAAUGAAUAUCUUUCCAUUAGCUAUUCAGGUCGUUAAUAUCUUAAAUUUGUUUAUCACGUAUGGUGAUACAUUCCUGUCUUCUCCGAGUAGUUACGACGAAUUAUUUUAUGAAAUAAUACGGAUGAGGCUUAUUUUUACAAAUUUGAAUGCCAUGGCACUACGAUAUUCAACAUGCGAAUCUUACGAGUAUAAAGAACACGCGUUAAAAUUAACAAACUGUUUGGUGAAUAUGAGAGACAUAGUGAAUCAUUUUCCACCAAAAAUCGCAGCGUGGUUGGCAAGCGAAAGUCUGUCCACGCCAACGGAACAACAAAUUUUGGCGAUCAUAAUACAAAAUUACGAUAGCCUUACUUUGAAGUUGCAAGAUAAUUUGGAUCAGUACGAAAGAUAUUCUGAGAAACCCGAUCACGUUACAUUCUUUGAGGAGAUGGUAACUGGAGUUGUAAUCGACACCAGAGGCUCGAUAGAUUUAAGUGCAUUAGAUACACAGGCUAUAUUACAAGAAUUAUCGAAUAUUUCGUAACACAAAAUCAACGUGAAGUACGAAUCAGAUCCUGUGUAUCACUCUGUUAUCAUGAUGUAUCAUAAUGUAUUUUUUUUAAUACAGUCAGCUUUGUAUGCGUUUCUUUUUAAUAUUGCAGAGAACAUAGCUCAUGGAAUUCAGAAGUUUCACAUUGUAGUGUGUUUCAUUAUUGCGUUAUAUUUCUAUGAAUUGUGUAUACAAGGUUUAAAGAGUCAUUAAAAUUUAAUAAGUA